UAAAAACCCUUCAUUUGUUCUCUCUUCUAUAAAACCUAGUUGGUUUAGUUGUUCUCUGCCUAAUUUUCACCAGUCUUUCUUCAUCAAUGGAAAACCACCCUCCUAAUCAUGUAAGUUUAUUUUAUUAAAUUAAUUAAUGAUUUCAUGAUUUCGUAAUUUAAGAAAUGAUUUUUUUUUCCUGCAGACAAAGGUUCUGUCCAUAGAUUUAACAUGCUGUGGAAAAUGCCCCAACAUAUUGGAGAAUAUAUUACUACGAAUGCCUGGGGUUGAUUCUGUAUCUAUCGACACAGAAAAGGGACUAGUAUUCGUGACAGGGAAAAUCGACCCAACGACACUGUUGGACAAAGUUUCCAAUCUAGGAAAGGAAGUCCGACUCUUGCCAAACAACAAAGAUACGGAGGAAAAAAUACACGAGUACACAACAAGACAAGGCAGAGACAAGAAGUAUUCAACUUCUCGAGAAAAGGGACAAAAAUCGCACAAAAACUGCUGCUGCCAAGACGGGCGCCAUUAUCAGAAGAAAGAGGAGAAGAAGGAAGAAGAAGCGCAUAAAUGCGAAGCUUACGUGGCCCCAAAUAUUGACCCGAGGGUGUGCAGAGAUUUUUACUGCAAAAUACACCCUAAAAUGCGUAAAAUAAUCGAUAGGGUACCUGCGGAUAGUUCUUCUUGGUUUGGGGGUUUACCGUUCCAUAGUGGCUAUGGUCCUUAUGGGUCGGAAUCGUAUAUUUACCCAGGGUAUUACGGGGAGGAGCCGCCCCGAUAUGGGUACCCCCGCCCACACCCACCGCCAAGUAUGCUUCAACACCCCUUCGGUUUUCAUUAGAGAAAGCACAACUAUGAAAC